GUGUGGUAUCUGAAUGUGAGUCUGUCUGUGAGAGAUGGAAGAGUUUUGAGCUAGUUUAGUUGCCAUUGGUGUGAAAUAUUACAAAUCUGGUUUCAAUGUGGGAGAGAUGAUUCAAGAAUCGAGUGAAGAAGAUGAAAAGGGUUGUGUCAUCUGCGUUGAAUUUGGGUUGCCUUUUGUUGGGAAAUACUUUAAUCUAAUGUGUGUUUUCUUAAUGUGGGAUUUGGAAAAAAAUAUGAGUUAUGUAAAUGUAGAAAAUUUAUUCCUAUUGAUAGUUGGUUUCAAGUUGGGACCAUGGACGUUUAUUCCUCAAUAGAGUUUAUCUUUAAAUAGAGUAUUUUUGUGUAGAGGUUUUACUGUAUUUAUAAAUUAUAAAUUAGUCAAUUUGUACUUUCUUGGUCCACGAAAGAACUUUCAAAUUGUUUUUUUGGGGACGUCCACAAAAAAAAUUUCUGCCUAUUUUUGGAUUAUAUCCCACCAUUUAUAAUGAUUUAUUUUUCACUUUUUUACAACUCUCAAUAUUAAUUGUAGCAUAUUUUCACCACUUUUAAUACACUCAAUAAUUUUUUAUUCACUUUCAAUACACUCAACAACUUUUUUCUUAAAAUUUGUCACUUUCUUGAUUUUUUUUCCACUUUAAAUACACUCAAUCAACGAUCUUUUUCUUAAAAUUCGUGUUAGAAGUUUGUUUUUUGAGGGAGUAUUAGCUAAUUUUCCUCAAUGCUGGCAGGUUUUUAAUGAAACUGAGCGUCUGACAUUUUUGUCGCAUGCAUUUAUCUCUAUUGUAUAAUUAAUGGAAAAAACAAAUUGUUCUUCGUCGAACACUUGCUGCUAUUAUUAUUAUGGGUUAAUUGCCGGAAAAACCAUAUAUUUUUUCGAAAUUUGGUUUUUUCCCAUGACAAAAAAACCUGAAUAGAAAUCCAUGAAUUGAACAAUUUAUUGCAUUUUUCCCUGCGUCUAUUUUCCGGCGAAAUUGAAUCCGAGGUGGCAAUCAGAAUUCUAGCGUGUCAUCGCCGGCAAUUGAACGAGACAACGUCGUUUUAAUUUUAAUUAAACGACGUCGUUUCAUGAUUUUUUUGACAGUUGAAUUAGAAAAUCUGAAAUUAGGAUUUGGGAAACAUUUGGAGUCGCGAUUAGGGUUCUUCGAGCAAAAUGUCCGAAAGCUCGAAUUCAGGAGCUUUGCAACCGGCUGCACAAUGUGGAUGUCGAAUACCAGCCGUCCUUCGUGUAUCUCACACCGAGAAAAAUCCGUUUCGGCGAUUCCUUUGUUGUAGCAAUGUAAAGGGCGAUUGUGGCAUGUGGAAAUGGGUGGAUCCUGAGCUAUCGUCGUAUUACAAGACCACUGUACUGAGGUUGAAAGCUAUGGCCAAGGACGGUGAAGCUGGAGAUGGAAAUUCCGAUGGGUUGUGUUUUGCUAAAUCAAAUGAUGGAGAAUCAAUUUGUGUUGAUGAAGUGAAGACUAAUCUGAGAAAAUUCGAGAAUGCCGUGAAGAAUCUUGAAUGGAAGAUCCGAGCUUUAGUGGUUUUGUGUGUAGCUUGUGUUAUGGUUGUUUAUUUUGCCUAAUGCAAUUCAAUGUAAUAGUUAUGCCAACAACAUUGUUUUGAUAAUCAAUGGAAAUGAAAUGUUGGUUUGU